AUGGCUGCAGGCAUCUGUCUGCUGACUGAAGAUCAGUUUCUGUGUCCCAUCUGUCUCGAUGUGUUCACUAUUCCAGUCGCCAUAUCAUGUGGACACACCUUCUGCAAAACCUGCAUCACCGAACACUGGGAUAUUAAUACCCAUUGCCAGUGUCCUGUGUGUAAACAGGGUUUCCACACAAGACCAGAGCUGCAGGUCAAUACUUUGAUCUCUCAGAUUGCUGAUCAGCUCAGACAUGAAGCUCAACAGACAGCCAACAGCAGCAGCUCUGAAGAUGUUUCCUGUGACAUCUGCACUGAAACCAAACGGACAGCCCUGAAGUCCUGUCUGGUGUGUCUGUCCUCCUACUGUGAGACUCACCUGGAGCCUCAUCGGACAGAGUCAGGCCUGAAAAGACAUCAGCUGAGCGACCCUGUAGAGAACCUGAAAGUCAGAUUCUGUGAGAAACACAAAAAGCCCCUGGAGCUGUUCUGUAAGGUCGACCAGAGAUGUGUCUGCAUGCACUGUAUGGUUUUAGACCACAAGGAACAUGAUAUUGUUCCUCUGGAAGAAGCACAUAAAGACAAGAAGAUGGAGCUGGGGAAGACAGAGGCUAACAUUCAAAUUAUGAUUGAACAGAGACGAAUGAAGAUUCACAAGAUCAAACACUCUGUGAAGCUCAGUAAUGAAGAUGCAAACAGAGAGAAAACAGGUGGUGUUCAAAUCUUCAACUUUUUAAGGAAUUUGAUGGAAAGACAGCAGAAGAACGUGACUGAUACCAUUGAAGAGAAGCAGAGAACGACAGAGGAACAGGCCAAAGAUUCAAUCAGAGAGCUGAAACGGGAAAUCUUAGAGUUAACAAAGCAAAGUGCUAAGAUGGUGGAGCUCUCAUACAAUGAAGAUGACUUAGAUUUCCUCCAAAGCUUCCUGUCCCUAAAUGCUGCUCUACCAACCAAGGACUGGACAAAGGUCAGCAUACCUCCACCAUUAUAUGAAGGCACUGUGAGAAUAGCUGUGGAGAGACUGGUUGAACAGCUCAAAGAGACUGAGGCACAGUUGGGUGAAAUGAAUAAAGCAGAGCUGAAGAAGGUCCAGCGAUAUGCAGUGGAUGUGAUACUUAAUCCUGAUACAGCACAUCCCAGACUCAUCCUGUCUGAUGAUGGAAAAGAAGUAAAGCAUAGUAAGAUAAGGAAAAAUGUCAGAGACAGUUCAGACAGAUUUUCUUGUUUGUACAAUGUUUUAGGAAAGCGGGGUUUCUCUUCAGGAAGAUUUUACUAUGAGGUUCAAGUUAACGCAAACACUGACUGGGAUUUGGGAGUGGUCAGAAAGUCAAUCAACAGGAAGGGAAAAGGUCCACUGAAUCCCAAAGAGGGUUACUGGGCUAUAGGUCUGAUGAAUGGAGAAUACACAUCUCAUGCUGACUCUCCAAUCAAGCUCCCUGCAAAGCCUGAGAAGGUCGGGGUGUUUGUGGAUUAUGAGCAGGGCCUGGUUUCCUUCUAUGAUGUUGAUACUGCAGAUCGUAUCUACUCUUUCACUGGCUGCUCCUUCACUGAGAAACUCUACCCAUUCUUCAGUCAUGGUGGUAAAAGCUCCACCCCUCUGAUCCUCACUCCUGUCUAUUACAAUGAGUAG